AUGGCUUUGAGGAGUAGUAGUGUUAUUAGGAAUAGCAUUAGCAGUCCCAUAGUUGUGAAUCUCCAUGCAGUCGAACUCGGUCACCCCAAGUACAAAGCGCUACCAGCUCAUAAAAGCCAUACUCGCCUUCGACAUUACCACAUAAAUUUAGAAUAUUUGAAAAUUCGGAUUUUUAAACGAGUUAGUAGGACCAGCAAGCAAAAAAACAGUAACUGUAAUGCUAAACGCGGAGCCGGAUUAAAGGUUAGAUUAGGAAGAGAAGCAAAAUACACCAUCUUCUGUACCCUGUACCACAUCCAACGAUACGAUAUAAAAUAA